GGGCGCACCGUUAGCGAUGGAUUCCGGGYCGCCCGCCUUUGUGGGCCGCGAGGCGGUGGAGCGGCUCCUGCCCCGGGGCAGCCUCCUGCUGCCCGCGCUCGAGGCGGCGCUCGCCAACUUCUCGGCGGGCGCGGCGGGCGGCGUCGUGCAGCCCGUGCGCGUCGUGCUGCCCGUGCGGCCGCACGGCGGGUUCCUGGGCGUCAUGCCCGCCUACAGCGCCGCGGACGACGCGCUCACCACCAAGCUCGUGACCUUCUACGAGCACCAGCAGGACCCGGCGGUGCCCUCGCACCAGGCCAUCGUGCUGCUCUUCGAGCCGCGGAGCGGAGCGCUGAAAGCCAUUCUAGAUGGCACUGUCAUUACAGCAAAACGAACAGCYGCAGUUUCUGCGAUUGCUACCAAGCUGUUAAUGCCAGCUUCUGCAGAAGUGCUGUGCAUUUUGGGAGCUGGUGUUCAAGCAUAUAGCCAUUAUGAGAUCUUCACAGAGCUGUUCACAUUCAAGGAGGUCAGAAUAUGGAACCGCACCAAGGAGAAUGCUGUGAAGUUUGCCCGUUCGGUUAAUGGUCCCGUGCAGGUCUGCUCUUCUGCUCAGGAGGCAGUUACUGGGGCUGAUGUCAUCGUAACGGUCACCACAGCAACAACACCAAUUUUAUUUGGAAAGUGGGUAAAACCAGGUGCCCAUAUCAAUGCUGUUGGAGCAAGCAGACCAGAUUGGAGAGAACUGGAUGAUGAACUGAUGAAGAACUGUGUUCUCUUUGUGGAUUCCAGGGAAGCUGCUCUUACUGAAUCAGGCGAUGUUAUAUUAUCAGGGGCAGAGAUUUUUGCUGAACUGGGAGAGGUACUGAAGGGUACAAAACCAGCGCUGCCUGAGAAAACAACAGUGUUUAAAUCACUGGGGAUGGCAAUUGAAGAUACAGUAGCAGCAAAAUUUGUUUAUGAUUCAUGGUCAGCUGGUAACUAGAGGAGUCUGCAGUGCCCACAAGACCACAGAAUACCAAGAAAAUGGCUUCCUCUUAGCUUUCUCUGRUUAAUGAUAAAGAUGACAAUCCUAUCUGAAUGUUGUCCUUCUAGAACUUUCAAAAAUGAAGUGUAGGACUUCUAAAAAAUGAAAUGAAUGAAGUGUAAGCCUUGAGCAGCUGAGUACUUCUACUCUUUUCUCAUGACAAGUAUUAGAUCUUUGCAGUAAUACUAACAAGUAUUGUAUGUGUUUGAUACCAUUCUGAAAUCAGUACUUUUACUCCCUAACUGUAUCUGAAACAGAAAACUGUGUGGGUUUUAUGUUUGUAGAGGAGUUAUUCAUGCUCAAGUAAAAUGCAUUGUUUUGGAGACGAGACUUUUAUGCUUGAUGUGAUAUUACAUGAAAUAGUACUUUUAAAGAAAACUAUGGUGUCAGUUUUACAUGAAAAGUGAUUUAGUCUGCAGGUUCUCCUGAGAAAAGUACCCACCCUGUGCUCCUGGAGACCCAUCAGCCUUAGAUCUGGACUUGGCUUCCAUCCCCGCAUUCUUCUUGCUCAGCUUUCAGACCCUGUAGUCCUUAAUUUGAGAGCAUGCUCCUGGGUGGGACUUUUGUAUAAAUAAUGAUGUCUCCAUACAAUUAGAUUUGUCUACCCAUUUUCAUAAAGCACUUGAGUCAGGAAAGUUUAACAAUACAAAAAACAUGCAGUAUUAAUACUGAUUUAUGUUAACUGGGAGAGAAGACUCUAUUCAAUACCUUAAUAUAUCUGUAGGUGGAGUGUUGCCGCUUUCUUGAUUUAGGUAGUCAUGCAAAGUGUGGAUAGUAGGUGCAUUUUGUUUUAGYUUUUGUGCAUGUCCUGUGGAGAGUUUUUUUAUCAAUGUAAGGUAUUUGUAAAUUGUUUUCCAAGUUUUUUUAAGGUUGGACCAUGUGCUGACUGCUAGCAAGGACAUAAACCUAAAGUAUAYAGGCAAGUAGGUUUAUCUUGGCCAGAUGGCAGUUACAUUGCUAUCUUGGUGAGUGGUGAUGGGGCAGGAUUCCCCAUGAUCCUCUCUUGGCAGAGGAGCCCAGUGAUGUCCGACAUAUGAAAAUGGAGCUUUUUCUUGCAGUUAUACAACUGCUUUACAGAAGAGUGAGCAUCUGCUGAAAAAUAGCCAUUGCCUUGGAUGAAUUCCUGUCUCAGGCUAGAGUUCUGCCUUAAACUUUAUGCCCAUGUAUUGUUUCAUGUUGACUGUUAAAUAUCUCUUCRCUUUAUAAAAGGAUUACACAAUCAUUUUAUAACAGUGCCAGAGCACAGCAGAGCAUCCAGCAGAAGGUUCAGAAGCAGAUGGUGUUAUGAUGGUGCAUAAGUAAGUACAGAGAAGGUUGAGUACAGUGCAUGUAUGACAUAGUACUCCAAAUGAUAAGCCUAGUGUAAACUAGUUGAAAAAGUGAGUUAAAUGGCAGAGUUUGUAAUUUGCACAGUUUUAGCAUGGAAAUAUUCUACAUACAUAAGUGAGUAGAGCCAAAGGAUAUAAUAUGUAGGUAAAGACUGCGAGCAACUCCAUCAGCCUUGUUGGUAUCAAGAAGUUGCUCUACCAGCUUCUGCAUUUUUUGUAACAAUUACCCCUCAUUUUUUUAGCAUGCCUAUUUCCUGGGUCAUUUAUGAAAUGAUCAGUAAUGUGCUUUUGAUCUAUCCUGGUACUUCAGUGACAGGGAACUCCAGUAACAUGUGAUGAAUGUGACAGGCAUAGAGGUUCCAUAAUUAAAGAGCUGUACAGAAACUUUCGGUUUUACAACUUUAUCACAGUUCUGUGCCUGUGUGAAACUAGGUUUGCAGUUUGCAAUAAGACACAGCACCUAAGAAGACGCAUAGCUUUUUCACCUACAGACUAGGCACUUUGAAAGGAGUCAGUCCAAAGACCUGGUUCUGAAAACCCACUGUGUUCUUGGCCCUCCUUGGCGGCAGGAGGCUCUAGGAGCCUGGCUUCAGCCUUUAGCCUCUGAAUGGCUUGAAUUCAUAAAGGACUGGAUUUGUUUACAAUGG